AAGAAGGAGCUAAACUUUCGCGGCUCUUUCGUUUCUACCUUUCUCCCUCUCCUUGUCCCAGAGGGAUUCGAAUCCCGAUCCAACCCAAAUUUAGGGUAAGAUCUUUUUCCAUCUAGGCCCAGCCCUAUAAAUCCCACGCCCCCCCCCCCAUCCGGGACGAUGGUCGGAUCGGUCUCCGGGGAUUGAGAGGGGGACGGGAGAUGAUGAGGAGGUGCUCGCUCUGCGGCAACGGCGGGCACAACUCGCGGACGUGCCCCAACCGCGGGGUCAGGCUCUUCGGGGUCCGCAUCGCCGAUGGCUCCAUCCGCAAGAGCGCGAGCAUGGGGAACAUCGCCCACUACGCCGGAUCCGGCUCCGGAUCCCCGGCCGACGGCCUCCCCGCCGACCACGGGGCCGCCGACGGCUACGCCUCCGAGGGUUUCCCCCAGGGCAGCCGCGAGCGCAAGAAAGGAGUUCCAUGGACUGAAGAAGAGCACAGAAUGUUUUUAUUUGGACUGCAGAAGCUUGGCAAAGGUGAUUGGCGAGGGAUAUCUCGUAACUUUGUAGUAACGAGGACAGCUACUCAAGUUGCCAGCCAUGCUCAAAAAUAUUUUAUCCGUCAAACCAAUGCCAGUAAAAGGAAGAGAAGAUCCAGCCUUUUUGAUAUCGUACCCAAUGAACCUGCUGAUGGUCAAUUUUACCCCAUGGACUCCCAAGAACCAGAAGCACAAAGCAACAACCCACCGCCAGCAACUCCAGCUCGGGAUGAGGAAUGCAAGUCAAUGGAUUCGAAUUCAAAUGAUGGAGAGGGAGCUGUUCUGAAGCCAGAAAGUUUGCCAUGCAGUUAUCCAUGGUUCUCUCCUUAUUCCUCGCCAUUCUUUCCAUUUCCUUUUUCAUGUCCAUCAGGUUACAGAGAAGUAAUUACCUCAGAAAAGACACAUGAAAUUGUUAAACCGACAGCAAUGCAUUCGAAGACUCCCAUCAAUGUCAAUGAACUUGUGGGCAUGUCAGCACUGAGCUUAGGAGAAUCUAAUGGCGAAGCAGGGCCGUCAUCAUUGUCAUUAAAGCUGCCCGGCGGGUCGGAUAGACAAUCUGCUUUCCAUGCUCAAGCUCCCUAAAAUGGUGGAUUCAAGUACGAGCCUGAUCCAUGCAGUCUAGUGACCCCGCAUUAAGAAAGCACCCCAAAACUGGAGGUGACCCCAGUGAUACAAGGUCUUUUUGUUUAUACAGGAUCAAUAAACUUCAAUCCUGACUAGCUUUUUUAGUGUACUAUAUAGUGUUGUAUAGUGGAGUUAUGACGUGGCACUUGAUUAUCUAAGUGGCUAACGUAUUGUUGAUUUUUUCUUAAUAAUGACUGCAAUUUUGGUUUUUAAGGAAUGAUUUCUUGAUUUCUGUAAGGUCACGACCCUGAUCCUAUUAUCCGAAAUGAUUUUAGCUCUCUGCAAA